AGCGGAAGAGUUUCUCGGUGAGCCUGUUUACCUGCGACACCGUCCGUCACGCAUGUGGGGGAAACCAUGGCUAGUGGAGAUGUGUGGAGCGUGCUGGAGGAGUGUGUAAAUAAAAUAAAUGCCAACACAGCACAGCCAGAGAACUUUCUGAGCCUUCAAGAUGGAGUGGCAGCAGACUUUACCUCUCUCACUAAGAUGCUAUAUGACCUCCACAAAGCCCAGGAGCCUGCACAUUAUAAAGGCAGCCCAUUGGCUCAGCUGGUGGUGGAAAACUUUGAUGAAGAGCAGAUCUGGCAGGAGCUGGAGUUGCAGAACAAUGCUGUACUGAAACACUUUAAAAAUGCAACUGAUGAGGCUUUGUCAGAUGAGACAUUAACAUUGCUGGUAGAAGAGGAGGAAGAGAACAGUGAUGAGGAAGAACUACCCAGGCAGUCUAAGAAAAUGGCUGUGGAGGCUGAGGAUGGGGCAGAGGAUUACACAGAUGAGGACUCUGAUUUAGAUUUUGAUGUGGAUGCUCUGGAGAAGCGAGAGAAACAGAAGAAGGAGAUUGGUAGGAAAGGCUCCAAAACAAAGGUUGUUCCCUCUGAGGUUGAUGAUAAGUUCUUCAAACUGUCAGAGAUGGAGUCGUUUCUUGAUGAUAUGGACAAGCGAGAGGGAAAGGAGGAUGAGGACAAAGAUGACGUAGACUAUUUUCAGGACCUGCCCUCUGAUGAGGACGAUGAUCGCGACCUAGAUCUAAUCAUUUCUACCAAACAGCAAAAGAAAAACACUGCAAAGAGCUCCAGGAAUCUCAAGUACAAGGACUUCUUUGAUGCUGUGGAUAGUGAACCAGCUAAAGCAGAUGACCAGUCAGAUGGCGAGGAUGACAGCAUUGAUGAAAGCCAGGAAGAAGGUGAAGAAGAAAUAGUUGACGAAGAAGAUGAUUAUGAUGGUGAAGAGGAGGGUGACGAUGAGGAUGAAGAGUCCAAAGCAUCUCGUAAGAAAGUGACCUUUAACCUCUCUGGGGAUGAGGACAGUGAGGGAGAGGACAUGGAGGACAUUUUUGGAGGAAAAACUCCAAGCUCAACAAAGUCUGAAUCAAAGUCAUCAUUUGAGAAACGGCAAGAAAAGAUGACAGAGAAGAUCGAGGAGUUGGAGAAAGCAGCUCUAGCAGCGAAGCCCUGGCAGUUGUCCGGAGAGGUGACAGCACAGACUCGUCCAGAGAACAGCAUGCUGGAGGAAGAUGUGGAGUUUGAGCAGGCAUCGAGGACAGCCCCUGCUAUCACAGAGGAAACCACACUACAGCUUGAAGACAUCAUCAAACAGAGAAUUAAAGAUCAGGCGUUUGAUGAUGUGGUCCGCAAGGAGAAACCCAAAGAGGAGGUGUUUGAAUACAAGAAGAGGCUAACGUUGGACCAUGAGAAGAGCAAGCAGAGUCUAGCAGAAAUAUAUGAGCAAGAAUACCUCAAGCAGACUCAGCAAAAGACAGAGGAGGAGAAGGAGAACCCAGCCCAUGUAGAAAUUCAAAAGCUUAUGGACACACUCUUCCUAAAGUUGGAUGCUCUCUCCAACUUCCACUUCACACCUAAACCACCCGUUCCUGAGGUCAAAGUGGUGUCUAACUUGCCAUCCAUUACAAUGGAGGAGGUGGCUCCAGUCAGUGCUAGUGAUGCUACGCUGCUCGCACCAGAAGAAAUCAAGGAGAAGAGCAAAGCAGGAGAUAUUCUGGGUGAUACUGAGAAGACGUCAACAGACAAGAAGCGUGAGAGACGCCACAAGAAGAUGGUGAAGCGUCUAAAGAUCAAGGAGAAAGAAAAGAGACAGAAACUUAAAGAGACCAGUACAACUGGGGAGAACAAGAAGCCAUCAAAGGCUGAAGUCACAGAAAACCUAAAGAAGCUCACAAAAGGAGGCAAAGCCACGAUACUCAAGGAUGAAGGAAAGGACAAGGCUCUGCGGUCCUCUCAAGCCUUCUUCUCUCAGCUACAGGACCAGGUCAAAAGUCAGAUCAAAAGUGCAAAGGACCAGUCGUCAAAGAAGAAGAAACGCAAAGAGGUUUCUGUCAGCAAACUCAAGUUAUAAUAACUGUGAUAGUUUGUUGUGGAAGAUCAACUUUUUAUUGUAUAGAUUCUUUUUUUAUGAGAAAGCUGCAAUAUAUUAAAUCUGAAAGUCCUUGUUAAAUGUUUCCAUUUUCAUUCAAAUAAAUCAAGUGCCCAGA